AUGGUUCCCGUCAGACCUAUCAAGGCCUCUUGCCUCUUUGGGUUCGCGCUGUUGGUCCUCUCUGCUGCGGAAGAUGCCCAAGACGGCUGGAAGAGUGUUCAUGUCGACAAUAUCACGGAAGCUGAUAGCAGUCUGCUGUACAAGGCGCGGGUCAACACAAGCACCUAUGCUCCUGGGGUGACCAAGUACGGCUGCGUCUUCUUCAUAAACGGCCUGGAAAUCAAAAGCGCGGAGGCGGUGGAGGAGGGCGGCAAAAUUGGUGUCAGCGUCGACUCCAAGAAUCAAUCGGCGGCGACCAACUACCACUUCAGCGUGGAUGGCUGCCCUUUGGAGCCUGGCCAAACAGAGCGUAUGGGAAAAUGCGGUGCUAUGAUGUGCGUUACCACCAACUUCGAGAUUUACAUUACCUCGGAGGCUCUGACGAACACGCUCACGGUGACGGCGGUCACAGCGGAAGAAGGUGAAGGUCUGGGUAUGCCAUGGCCCGAGCAGCGCUUCUGA